AUGCGGCUGGAAAUUCUAAUGGUCCUCGUGAUGAUCAUUCGCACAUCGAAUUGUCAGCUCAAGAGGAGAACGCACGAAUUCGGAAUCGCGCCGUUGAGAAGCGGCUCGAUGUCGACGCCUCCAAUCACCAAUCGCUUCGUCGCCCGUUCGGCCCCACAAUUCGAGGUGCUUCCAAGCGUCGACGCAAUCCCCGACAACGGCGAGACCUGGCACGAGGGGACACUCGAUCUCAGCUCCCGCUUGGCUACGCGAUUGGCAUGGAAGGGCUUCGAGGAAGACGUGAACGAGAGAAUCGAGACUGAAAUGAUGUGGGUCCCGAUCAAAGUGCUCUCCGGCCAUGGACAAGUCGUCUACGGAGUACUGUACGAUCUUCGGGUCCUGGCGGGAACAUCAAAUUGCUCGAGAUUCGAAAUCAACUCGCAUACCCUUCAAGAGAACCACUGUGUGCACUAUAGAGGACCACAAAGAGCGAUUUUCCGGGUGCUCGUCUCCGAGAAAAGCACACUCUGGAAUCCGUUUAUUCCUGACACUUCUCGCGUGUUCUCAACAAAAGAGCGCAAUGUGGAAGAACUCGAAGAAUUCUAA